GGGGGUUCAGCAUCCUUUAAUAAAGACACCGCUUUAUUUGGGAUUCGACAUGAUGGACCUAAGGAGGUGGGCUCAAAUGUAGGCCAUGAGAAACAAGAGGCAUCGCCAAAUCUCAAGUGUAAGGACACUGGUGAUACUGCAGAGGACUAGCUUCAGGAAAACAGGCACUACCUCUAGGAAACAACCCAUAUCCAUGAUGACAGCCAAUAAAACAGUUUCAUCCAUUAAAAAGAUAACAGCAGGUCAGUUGACAGGUGUCCCGAUGACUUUAUACUUCGUCCUGGUGCUGCUUGGCAUUGGAGGAAAUGCCAUGGUGAUCUUGGUAGUAGGGAACAGUGUUGUCCGGGAGUCUGGAGGAGGACGCAACUCCGACAUUAUCCUGGUCAACAUGGCUUUAUCUAACCUGCUGGUGUCUGUGAUGAGGAACUUGAUGCUGGUCACCAUGGACUUUGGACUUGAGGUUUCAUCCAGUAAAGACUGGUGCCAGUUCAUGAUGGGUAUAUGGGUCUGGCUGCGUGCAGCAAACGUUUGGUCGACGCUUUUCCUCAGUGUGUUUCAUUUUUACACUUUGAAAAGGACAGGCCCUUCCAUCACUAGUCUAAACCAAUCACGUGGUCCUUCCAAAAUCCUAAUAAUGUGCUGCAGCCUCAUCUGGACUGUCAAUUUCUUCUUCUCAGUCCCUGCUUUUAUCUACUCCACAAAUGGAGACAAGAAUGCCAGUGAGACACUGAUGUUGGUGAGCAGUACAACUCGUCCAUUACUGGGCUGCUUGUGGGAUUUUUCCUCAGCUACCAGUGGUCUUAUAUUUGCUACUACAUCCAUGGUGAUCCAUGAGAUCAUCCCCAUCAUACUCAUGAGCACCACCAACCUGGGCUCACUUUUCAUACUGUAUACACACGGAAACGCACACAGGACCGCAAAUAAGGGUCAGGAUGCUCCAGUAAUACGCAGAGUACCGGCAGAGAGACGUGCAGCCAAGGUCAUUCUAGCCCUGAUUGUUUUGUUUAUCAUAUCCUGGGGUGUCAACGUCAUCUCGGUGAACUAUUUUAACUACAACCGUGGCACCGCAUCUGCAGACCUGCUGGUUAUCGCCCGUUUCUUCAACUGUGCCUUUACUGCCUUCUCCCCGAUCGUACUGGCUAUAGGACAUCGCAAAAUCCGAGAGUUCAUGAAGUCCAUUGUAAAAUAAAGACAGAAAGUUUAAUAAUCAUUAAAGCAAUUCUAAAAACUGUCUGUACUUUAGUUUGUUUUCUAUUAACAGUAUCA